AUGUCCGAGAGCAAACUGGACGAUCUCCUUUCUUGCAGGAACUGGUCUUCUGUUCCAGAACUGAAUGAUACUCAGGAGCCUUUUUCAAUCCCCUCUGCUGACUAUAAUGAUGAGGAAUUUCUGCGAUACCUUUGGAGGGAAUAUUUACAUCCCAAAGAAUAUGAAUGGGUCCUGAUUGCAGGGUAUAUUGUUGUGUUCAUUGUGUCUCUCAUUGGAAACAUCCUGGUUUGUAUUGCAGUGUGGAAGAACCAUCACAUGCGGACAGUUACCAACUACUUCAUAGUAAACCUCUCCCUGGCUGAUGUUCUUGUCACAAUCACUUGUCUUCCAGCCACGUUAGUCGUGGAUAUCACAGAAACUUGGUUCUUUGGGCAGACCCUCUGCAAGGUGAUCCCCUAUUUACAGACUGUGUCAGUCUCUGUGUCUGUACUAACACUUAGCUGCAUCGCUUUGGAUCGCUGGUAUGCAAUUUGUCACCCUUUGAUGUUUAAAAGCACAGCCAAGAGGGCAAGGAAUAGCAUUAUCGUUAUCUGGAUUGUGUCCUGCAUUAUAAUGAUUCCUCAGGCUAUUGUUAUGGAGUGCAGCAGUAUGUUCCCAGGAUUAACUAACAAAACUAUCUUAUUCACAGUUUGUGAUGAGCAGUGGGAAGGUGAGGUCUACCCCAAAAUGUAUCACACCUGUUUUUUUCUGGUGACAUGCGUGGCACCGCUGUGUCUUAUGGUGUUGGCCUAUUUACAAAUAUUUCGAAAACUAUGGUGCCGCCAGAUCCCAGGAACUUCCUCAGUAGUUCAAAGAAAAUGGAAGCCUCUGCCCUCUUUAGCACAGCCCCGGGGACUGGGACAAUCAACCAAGUCAAGGAUUGGUGGGGUAGCAGCUGAAAUAAAACAGAUUCGAGCCAGGAGGAAAACAGCGCGUAUGCUAAUGGUGGUUCUCUUGGUUUUUGCACUUUGCUAUCUACCAAUUAGUAUCCUCAACGUCUUAAAAAGGGUUUUGGGGAUGUUUAACUAUGCUGAUGACAGAGAGACUGUGUAUGCCUGGUUUACAUUCUCGCACUGGCUUGUGUAUGCCAACAGUGCAGUGAACCCUAUCAUUUAUAACUUUCUCAGUGGAAAAUUUAGAGAAGAAUUUAAAGCAGCAUUUUCUUGCUGUUGGCUUGACAUUCACCAUCACCAGGAUGAACGACUCACCAGGGGCCGUGCAAGCACUAAAAGUCGGAAAUCCUUGACCACCCAGAUCAGCAAUUUUGAUAAUGUUUCAAAACUUUCAGAACAUGUUGUGCUGACCAACAUGAGCACACUCCCAGCAAAUGGUGUCACAGCCAAACUCAGCCCAUUGAAGUCAGUGGAAUUGCACCUGUGUACACCAGGGAUGAACACGACUUCAAGUUUAGAUGAUGCAGAAGGAGUUUCUGUGGAAGACAGUGGCACAACAGAGAAUACAGAGUGGGCCAAAUUCAUUCCUGCUGUAACCAAACUGACCUUACUGGAGUUACAUCAGGGAUGA